GAGAGAGAGAGAGAGAGAGAGAGAGGAUGAUAAGGUCUACUCUACCAGAGAAGAUAUUGCUAUUUCUCUCUCUAAUGGUGGCUCGCAGAGAGAAAAUCAAUGGCAUUCAGUUCUGACCCGGCUUCCUGUCUCUCUCUCUCCUUGCGAUUUUACCACGCGAAUAAAGACCCCGGAACAACGAUCUAGGUGAAGAGAAAGUAGAUUUGAAGGGGAAUACUGCGCCGAGCGUGCGGGUGCGGUGGAGGGAAAUGGGGAGCUUGUGGAAGAAGGCGAAGGAAGCCAUGGGGAUGAACAUUUGCGUUUUCGUGCCGAGGGUUCAGGAUGAGGAGGAAAACCCUAGGACGGAAAUAGGGAAGAAAUCGGAAACAUGGGACGGAGAUGUUGAAGCCUCGUUGGCUGUUUCUGGAGGUAAUUCUAGAUUGGAUUCCGACUCGUUGGUGCCGAUUAAAGCUACUUCGAACUCUUCGAGACAACUGAUGUCCGAAUCGCGUAGCAGCUCUGGCAAGAGAACAUGCGCUACAUGUGCUAUAUGUUUGGGCAAUAUGAAAGCAGGCCGUGGUGCUCUCUUCACUGCUGAAUGUUCCCACGUUUUCCAUUUCGCCUGCAUCGCUUCGAACGUCAAGCAUGGAAAUCGUGUUUGCCCUAUUUGCAGAGCUAAAUGGAAGGAGCUUCCUUUUCUAACACCAUUGUUGGAUCUUCCUCGUGGGAGAGCCAGAUCUAACCCUGUUAUUUGGCCGCAAGAAGAUGGUUCUCUGCGCAGGCCUGCGCGCGCAAGUUCGUUCAAUAGGCAACAUCAUCUGGCCUCUCCUUACACCAUCUCCGAGCCCAAUGAUUACGACGACGAUGAACCCGUCGAGUUUCUAUCAGAAACUGUCAAGAAUUCUGAACAUAGAUCAACCAGGACAGUUGAUAUUAAAGCAUACCCGGAGUGCAGCGCCAUACCAAAAUUGGCUUCCGAAGAAUCCUUCUGUAUAUUGAUCCACCUGAAGGCCCCUUGUGCUGUUUCAAGGACCCCCUUCUUCCAGAACUCGAGCCUGACGGCAUCACUGCCUUCUCGUGCGCCUGUUGAUCUCGUCACCGUGCUUGAUAUCAGCGGCAGCAUGGCCGGCACAAAGCUCGCUCUACUGAAGCGUGCUAUGGGCUUUGUUAUCCAGAACCUCAGCCCUUCCGAUCGACUCUCUGUCAUUGCCUUUUCUUCCACGGCUCGCCGUCUCUUCCCUCUUCGCCGUAUGACCGAGGCCGGCCGGCUCUACGCGUUGCAGGCUAUAAAUUCUCUGUUUUCGAGCGGAGGAACUAAUAUUGCUGAGGGUUUGAGGAAAGGCGCCAAAGUAAUUGAAGAGAGGAAGGAGAAAAAUCCUGUGUGCAGCAUCAUACUUCUUUCAGAUGGGCAAGAUACAUACACAGUUUCCUCGACUGGUGGUCGUGUAAAUCGCUUGUCGUCGGAUUAUCGAUCUCUCGUGCCGUCCUCCAUACUUUCCGGCGUCGGGCAUCGGAUUCCUAUUCACGUGUUUGGAUUUGGUGCGGACCAUGAUUCUGUCUCCAUGCACUCGAUUUCAGAGACUUCGGGCGGUACCUUCUCAUUCAUCGAAUCUGAGCUCGCAAUCCAGGAUGCCUUCGCACAGUGCAUUGGUGGGCUUCUCAGUGUUCUGGUGCAGGAAUUGAUUGUCAAGAUCGAGCGCGUAAACCCUGAUGUGCACCUCACGUCGAUUCAAUCAGGAAGUUAUGCAAACCAAGUGUUCGAUGGAGCCAACGGUUUGAUCAGCGUUGGGGAUCUCUACGCCGAAGAAGAGAGGGAUUUCCUUGUUUCUGUCAGUGUUCCACCUGCCACUGCUGAAGAAACUGUGCUGCUAAAGUUCUAUUGCUCCUACAGAGAUCCUUUGUCGAACGAAAUGGUGAAUAUGGAAGGCGAAGAUGUUGGAAUCCGAAGGCCGGAACAUGUGGCGGAACGAGUAAUGUCCGCCGAAGUAGAGCGCGAGAGGAUUCGAGUCCAGGCGGCCAAGGCCAUGGCGGAAGCGAGGGUGGCGGCCGAGCGAGGCGCUCUUUCUGAAGCCGUUUUGAUUCUCGAAUCUCAGCGUUCCAUACUUUCAUUGUCGGCGGUAGGACGAUCGGGGGAUCGGCUGUGUGUUUCCAUGGAUGCUGAGCUGAGGGAAAUGCAGGAGAGGAUGGAGAGUCGGCAGAAGUAUGAAGAGUCUGGAAGGGCUUAUAUGCUUUCGGGGCUGAGCUCACAUUCAUGGCAGAGAGCAACUACUAGAGGAACCUCCAUUGAUAGUUCUGGUCUUGCUCAUUCCUACCAGACGCCAUUAAUGGUGGACAUGCUUCAUCGUUCACAGACAUUACUGCUAUCACCGAGACAUCCAAUGCCGGUCAUCCGGCCUACCAAUUCUUUUUCUUCCAGGGGAGUUUAAAGAUAAUUAUCCAGAAUUUUCUAGAUUCAAUGGUGGGUGAGGGCUUCAUAGGCUCUCUUCUCCAGCGCUGCCACUGGGUAUACUCUCCUAAAUGAAUAAGAUUAGUUUUUGUUAACUAUGGGCUUCAUUAUUCAUUCAUUAAAUUGUUUUGUUGUGGUUAUUGAUGUAAGACAUUGUUAGAUUUUUUCCCUUUAAAAAGGGGUGUUCUUGUAAUAUAUGAAAUAUUUGGGUACA